AUGUCGGAAGCUGCCGAUGUCGACGGCAGUGCCCCGGUGACGGGCGGCAUCGAGCCACAGGGUCUUGACGUCAGCAAGGCCCCCUUGAAGGGCGCCAUGGAUGCCGAUGGUGCCAGGGAGUUCAGUUUCGGAGAUGAGGAGCCGCACUUCACUUCGCGGUCUGAGAGAUUCCUCAAGCGGUUGGGAGCGGCAGCCGACUCAGAAGCUGAACCAGAUCAUAAGGCUCAACGAUGCGCCGUGGCCAAGCCGAAGACCCGGGCGGCGGCGGCUGCCGCUAAGAACUGCCCUGUUCUUACGUGCGGCGAAUGUAUCGUGGGGAACAAAAAGUACUGCAGGAUUCACCAUCGGAUUUACGAAUGCUUGAGGACUCGCAGCCUGAAGGGCGUCGACGACACUGACGAGAGCACCGAGACGGAGGAGUCCAGGAGUUUCAAGAAGAUUUUCGGACACAAGGGGAAGAAGGGCUGUAAGACUUACGAGGGGGAGAUCGAGCUUGCAAGUCAAGUGCUGGAAGAUGUCAGAGCGAAGCAUCCUGACAUGGACGAUGUUGGCAGCGGGAGAAGCACGAAAGCCCGGGGAAGUGACAUUGCACUUACUACGUACGUCAAUCGCAGGGGGACCGAGAGAAGCACCACAGAUUCGUCAGCUAGACCGAAGUGGGACUUCGAGAUUUUCUCCACCCAGCUGAAGGCCCUCAGGCAGUGGUCGACUGCCAAGAUCAAGCAGGAGUGGGCGCAGCUCGAGCAAGACACCCCAGAAGAUCAAAAGGACAAUCGUGGCCCCCCGGAGGCGCCACUUCGUCUGCCAGUGCCUUCGUGGAUGGUUGGGGCCGAUCAGAGCAAGCAGGAGACGAAGAACUUCCAUACCCAGGAGAUGGUAACGGCGAAGCCAAAGGGGACGGCCAUGGCGAAGAGCGACCUGGACACCGCCGUCAAGGACUGUACCAAGGGCUUCGCCGUGGUCGCUGCUGCGAGUUCAGCAAGUGCCUUGUUAGCUCCAUCCGCCAAGGCUGUCAACGCUACGGACGAUGCGGGUAAGGCCGCUACAGACAUCAUGAUCAGUCACGCGCCGACAGCCGCCUCCAGUCCAAGCGCCGCUGGCUCCAAGGACCCCAAGGACCCCAACUACCCCAAGGAGACGUCGCUGAAAGAUCCAGGCUCUUCGGCGAAGAAGCAAAAGUUUGACGUCGGUGUCACGAGACUCAAAACUGCAGAGGCAAAGCAGAGGGCACUGCAGCUUGAAAGCGACAAGCUCAAGAAGUCUAUGACGCUCGCUUCGAAGGCGCACAAGGAAGGCAUCGACUCAGGCGAGAAGGAAAAGAACCUGUUGUUGGAGCGCUUCCUCAUCGGGGCCAUGGUCCUCGGCAAGGAUAUGACCAUCGGGGUUGAGUCAAUCGCGAGCGCCCAAGACAUAGACAUCAAUGCUAAUUUCAAGAAGGCCCUCGAAGGUUACAAGGCGGCUCAGGCGGGUGGCCAGCUUCCAGACCACUUGAAUUCCGACGCGGUGGCAUAUCACGACUACAAGUUGAAGGAGACCGUCGCGAGGGCCGAACUACUUCCCAUAGAUAAGAAGGAGGAGCUGUUCUGCAUGAUCAGGGCGGAGUCGCUGGUUGGGGACAUUCGGGCCGCAACCACCCCGGACGCGAUUGAGGAGGCGGAGGCAAAGGUGGACCAGUUCAAGAUGCAGCUCGGCCAGCUGCGCGAUUGCAUCAUGGAUGCCACGAAACUCGUGAAGAAGAGCGCCAGCACGGCUUCACAAGCAGCUGCCCAGCGCGAGAGGGAGGCGAAGGCCAAGAAGCUCGAGGAGCAGAGGGCGGCGGCUUCGGCGGCCACCAGCGCCCUGAAGAAGCAGAUCACAGCUGGGGCGUUUGCAGUGGACUGGGGCGCGAUCGGGGGCAAGGCUGUCAAAUCGUUCGAUGGUGCGCCAAAGUUCGAGGAGGCGCUGAGUGGGGACUCAGCAGCAGUGCUGGACGAACCUUUCAAAGUCAGCGCUGGGGGCGCGUGGACCGACGCUUUCAAGGACAGCGCCCUGGCUAGCAGCGUGGAUAAGUUCUUGGAGAAGUUCCCCGCCAUGGCCGAGAAGAGGGGUGACCAGGCGAAUGCCCCGAUGACGGCGGUCCAUGGUGCAUCUGUGGCGGAGCCUCUCAUGAGCAGCAUUCCGCCGAAGCGGAUGUACGCUGACGUCAGCAAGCAUCCUGUCGUGGCCUCCUCUACCGACAAGCUGUGGUUUUUCGGAUAUCUAGCCACUUUCGUGGGUAUGGACUUCGAGACUGGCCUGUUCGGUUCUGCUCGCUACUACGUCAAAGGAGGCAACGUCAAGCUCAUCUUCAUCAAGGGCGUUGAUCUGCUGAGCCAUCUCGGCUACAUGAAGGAUGUCGAUAUCAAGAGCCGGGCCUCGACGAUGCUCCUAGCCUUGAGGCAGGACGACGCGAAGGCGCUCAUCGAGAAAGGCAUGCACGUUUUCACAACAACAGCUGCUUCUGGUGAUCUGGUCGUGGCCCCUCCCGGAUACUUCGCAUGGGCAGCGGCGAGCGGCUCGAACGUUAUUGGGGUGAAGAAGGCGCUGCUGCUGCAGCGUGAUUCUGCUGAGAACGAUCUGGAGGUAUUCAGGGGGCACGGAGAUUUCAAGGAUGAGGUGCUGCAGGCAUCGGUCGACAUCUUGGUUGCAGGCAGCAGUUCGUGA